AGACAAAGUUUCUUUGUUUUAUUUUGCAUAUAUUUGACCCGGGGUUAUUUCGAGAGAAAUCGGUCAUUGCACUUUUGUCGAAUGACCGCUAAUAAACUACUCCCUUCAAGGCGAUUGCACCAUCUGUUCGUGGGUAGGAAUAGGCCUGUCGGCGGGAACAAAGUCUUUUAUCGAUUUUUCUUUUCUCUCGUUUUUGUGUUUGUUUAUUAUUAUUAUUUCAAAUCAUUGCCAGUCGGCUGUUUACAAUUUAUUUGUGCUAAGAGUUUGCCGGUUAGUCUGUUAGUAAUGCUAAUUCAUAUGCCGUAAUGAGCGGAUUUAUUCGCUUGUCUUUAAGUUAAAUAAUAGGGUUUGAUUUGUUUUCAUAUUGUAAUGUUGCUAUUGUUUGCAUCUUUAGAAUUAAGUAUGUUAUUAACCUGCCUGUUGGGUUGGUCGUAAACUUUAGCAACCCUCAACCUCAACCUCAACAUAACUUUAUUUGGACGUCUACAUUCUACAAUACUGUGAUCGUUUGUGUCUCUACAAUACUGGAAUUAUUUGUUCUUAUCAUCACACAAUUUCGUCGUUUAUUUAUUCGUCUAUAUCGUACUUGUGCAUGUAGACUGGUAUUUUAUCGACUGCAUUACAUUUCGUUCAUAUUCAAAGUUGUGGAGUUGUUAAUUAUCGAGAAACCUGGCAGGUUAUACAUCAGGGGAAGUUAAUAGCGCGAAGUGUCAUCGCCCAACACGUUAUAGGCUUCUUGUAGAGCCUCAUCAUAAGUGUUAAGUCGCUUAUAAUCUACAUUUGUUGCUAAAAAUUGGCUUCGUGACACUCGCCGUUCGUGGAUACUUCGAUCCUGUGAACUCUAUCUUCGAUUGAAAGGAAAUUUAAGCGUCUCUGCAUUUAUCGAAAUGUCGUCGUCUCGGACAUCUAGAACAUCGUCGUUGAAGUCUGAUCAAACCAUGUCCGAGCGUAAUCUACGUUUAGUGCAAUUAAAGUUGGAGCGGGCGAAGAAGGAAGCUGCGCUUGAGAGCGAACGUGUCGAACAUGAACUUGAGCGCAAACGUGUCGAACAUGAACUUGAGCGCAAACGUGUCCAACAUAGACUUCAAAUCAAACGAAGUAUAUUGGAUGCCGAAACGGAAGCAGAACAAGCGAAGAUAGAAUUGGAAAGCGUCGCGGCAAGAUCAAGCAAAGGCUCAACGCGGGAUGAUGAAGAAGAAGAUGUGGAAUCCUUUACUACCUUAUCACCGAAGAGAUUGAUGGAAUACGUGAAGACACCAGGGGGGAAGGGACUGUUUUCUGUGCCAAGUCAUGAUGCACAAAUAAUAAAUAAACAUGAUGAUAAAUCGGAAAUAUUAGAUUUUAAUGAGGAUUGUAACAGGAGUAUUUUCAAAAUUGUAAAUACGGAUCAGGAUAAACAUUCUACUGCGGAAGAAAUUGUACAGCGGCCUAUUUGCAUGUUGGAUCCAGGCAUACCUAUCCAUUACUCAAGCCCGGAGCAUGAGGUGCCUGUGACUCAGAAGAUAUUGGUGAGUCCUAUUUUACCUGAUAAUUGCGAGCAACCACUAGAUCCACAGAUUAGUGCGGAGCAAUUAUUGUUGCCUAAUUACGUCAAGCCAGAGAUUAAGCCUGAUUUCAAAUCUGCCAAGCAUGAUAUCGUGUAUGAUGAUGUUAGGGCAGGCAUGAGGGCGCCAGAUGUGGCCAAGCCUUUUGCUACUGAAAUGCCUAACAUGACACUGAAUGCUGUAGCGCAAUUGACCAGGGCGAUGAUGGCGGGCAUGACUGAUGUGGCAAAUAUAAUCAAGCAGGGAUUCACAUUACCUCAGAUUAAGCUUUCUGUAUUUGACGGGAACGUACUAAAAUAUCCUGAAUUCGUUCGUGAAUUCAAUAACUAUAUUGGAUCAUGCAAACUGGACACUGCUACAAAAUUAAAUUAUCUAAUAUCUCAUUGCACUGGUGAAGCAAAGGAAGCUAUAAAAUCAUGUGGAAAUUUACCAUCAGAAGAGGGAUACAAUUUGGCUCGUAAUAUUCUUCAUAAAAAUUAUGGUCAAACUCAUUUAAUUAUUGACACACAUCUUAAUUUGUUGUGUGAGGGACCCGCAAUAAAGGUUAAUGACAUUGAAGCUUGGGAUAAAUUGCUUACUCAAGCAAGAAGUACAUUUAUAACAUUUUCACAAUUCGGUAUUAGAUCCAAUUUGGAUGACUUAACUGUACUAAGGAAAAUUGUCAAAAGGUUUCCAUCUCAGCAAUUGUGGAAAUUUGCAAAUUUGGCCAACGAUCGUUAUAAUGCUGGAGAUUUGGUAAACUUCGAUACACUCUUAUCAUUUAUGGAAUCUGUGUCAAAUGUCAAUCGAUCAGGUUUUGGCAAACUUGCUCGCGAAUCACAAAGGAAGAGGAAAGUUGACGAUUCUGAAGGUACUCGUAGUAAUCGCAAGAUGUCAUCCUUUCUCAUAUCCGAAGAAAACUCUAGUAAGGACAUUCCAAAACGUAAAAGUCAUGAGUUGAAGUGCAUGAUGUGUGACGGUAGUCAUCGAUUGUGGAAUUGUGCAAAAUUCAAAGAAAAAGAAGUUUCAUUCAGACACAGGUUUGUGCGACAGAAGAAUAUCUGUUUUAAUUGUUUGAUUCCUGGUCACUGGACAAGCCGGUGUCAAUCUAAAAUUCACUGUAGAGUGGAAGGCUGUGAUCUAAAACAUCAUACACUGUUACACUUUAAGCAUUCAAAAAAUGGACAAACAAACUCUAAAGUUGACUUGCGUAACUCAACUGACGACACUCAGUCUGAGAAACAUGAAGUCAGUAGUUAUUCAUCAUCGAAGGAGGCCGGGUCUGAACCAGCUGAAGAGACUGGGGCUCAUGUUUCAUCAUCAUUUUGUUCAUCAAGGGAGACAGCAUCACAUAUUCGUAGGAAGGUAGUACCAGUUAGAUGUUGGGGAUCGGAUGGCCGAUCUUGCGACACGUAUGCCUUUCUAGAUGAUGGUUCUGAUGUAUCGCUAUGUACAAAUGAUUUGAUGAAGAGGCUUGGCAUAAAAGGUAUCAAAGAUGAAAUUGUUUUGAAAACCUUGGGUGGUGUCGUUAAGACUGACAGUGCUCGAGUAUCAUUGAAUAUCCGUGGAUUGCGUGAAGUGCAUUCAAUUCACAUCAAAGGCGUCAGAGUUCUGGAUAGACUUCCAUCCGAUCUGGAGAUUAACAUUCCUUCGAAUGCUGAUUCGUUAAGAUGCAAUCACAUUCAGGACUUGAAUUUUCCAACGCUGGAAAAUGCCAAAGUUGAGAUUUUGGUAGGCGUGGAUGCUCCAGAGGCGCAUGUAAUUUCUGGAAUGAGACGCGGGAAAAAGGGUCAACCAUAUGCCGCAAGAACGGCUCUAGGCUGGGCGUUGUUCGGUCCUGAUGAUACUUACAAUCAGUGUGAUGAAUCUCAUGUUGACAACGUUUCAUGGAUUUCUUUGAACAAUGAGAGGCUACAUGAGCAAAUGGAGAAAGCGUUUGAAACGGAGUUUUCAGGUUGCAAUGCAUACGAUACUGCUCCUUCAAUAGAAGAUAAGGCUGCAUUAUCAAUUAUGGCAAAUACCAUCUGUAAGGUGGAUGGUCAUUAUCAAGUGAGCAUUCCGUGGAAAAGUAAAGACGCAGAAUUGCCAAAUAACAUAAAAAUUGCUGAGUCACGUCUCAACAAUUUGAAGAAAAGAUUGCUUCGUGAUCCAGAAUUGCAUGAUAAAUAUAAGAAGAAAAUGGAAGAAUACAUAUCGAAUGGUCAUGCAAGCAGAAUUUCGGAUAACAAGCUGGAACACACCAAAAAGACGUGGUAUCUUCCUCAUCACUGCACAGGAGGAAAGUUUCGGAUUGUUUUUGAUGCUUCUGCUAGAUACCAAGACACGUCUCUUAAUGACAAUAUUCUAUGUGGACCUUCUCAAACUAAUUCGCUAAUUGGUGUCCUGUCAAGAUUUCGACAAGAGAAGAUUGCUGUGGUUGCUGAUAUCAAAAGUAUGUAUCACCAGGUUCUAGUCACACCUGAAGAUCGUGAAGCAUUGAGAUUUUUAUGGUGGCCAGAUGGUGAUCUCAAACAACCAGUAGCUGAGUAUCAAAUGAACGUUCAUCUUUUUGGAGGAAAUUGGUCGCCAAGCGUUGCAUGUUACGCUUUAAAACGAGUAGCUGAAGAUAAUGCGAACCAUGAAGAUGAAGAAACCUUGAAUGCUAUUAGAAAGAGUUUUUAUGUCGAUGACUUAGAACGAUCUGAGCCGACUGUUCCUCUUGCAUUGAAACGAAUCAAAGAAGUUUGCGGUCUAUUAGAAAAUGGGGGUUUCCAUCUUUCGAAGUUUUCUAGCAAUAGCAUUGAAGUUAUGAAUUCUAUACCGGAAGUUGACAGAGCUGUUUCAUCAGAGAACUUGAACCUUGACAAAGUGUCGUCACAGAAAGUACUCGGACUGUCGUGGAAUAUUCCACUAGAUUCCUUUGUAUUUGAAGUCGAUAUUCAGCAGAAACCACAUACUCGGAGGGGAUUGCUCUCAAUGCUGAGUCAAGUCUUUGAUCCGUUGGGUAUGCUGGGCCCAUUCCUGUUGCCAAUGAAGAAGUUAUUGCAACGUUUGUGUGCCCAGGAUCUCAGCUGGGAUGAUGACCUUCCUAUGGAUGCAAUUAAACUAUGGGAGAAUUGGAUUGGACAAUUAUCUGAAUUGGCAAAAGUGAGGGUACCAAGAUGGCUGCAUGGAACUAGGUAUGAAUCAUGCAAGAUGCAGUUGCAUACCUUUUGUGAUGCCAGUGAAUCUGGUCUUGGAGCAGUUUCUUACGUAAGAGUUGUCAGCACUUCUGGAGCAGUUCAAUGUGAAUUUGUCGCAGGAAAAUCUAGAGUAACUCCUUUGAAGGCGGUAUCAAUUCCUCGAUUAGAACUGUGCGCAGCGGUGGUUGCAGCAAAACUAAGUGCUAUGAUUCAAUCGGAAUUGGAAUAUAAAUUUGAAAGGAUCGUCUACUGGACAGAUUCAAUGUCUGUUUUACAGUACAUCAAUAAUGUGUCAACCCGAUUUAAAGUUUUUGUUGCAAAUCGAAUUGCAACCAUUCAUGAACUUUCAGAGCCAUCGCAGUGGCGUCAUGUGGGAACGAAGGAUAAUCCAGCUGACGUUGCUUCGAGGGGAGUAAUGCCUAGCAAAUUGAACAAGUGCAACAUGUGGUUUCAGGGACCAAACUUUCUUUGUGAUUCGGAGGAAAACUGGCCUGAAAGACCAAAGAUAUUACCACAGGUUUCAGAUAAUGAUCCAGAAACAAAAUCGACACGUCAAGUGUGUGCAACAACUGGAAAAUCGAAGCCAGCUCUAUUCAAAAUCUUGGAAAGAUAUUCAUCAUGGACGAAGCUAUGUAGAAGUGUUGCCUGGUUGUGUCGCUUCAAGAAAUGUUUUCUGUGGAAGUAUGGUAAGAAGGAUGAACCUAAAUUUCAUCAAAUUGGAUUGAGUGUUGAUGAACUCAAGAUGGCAUCAACUAAUGUCAUUCGACUUGUACAAGAUGAAGCAUUUUCUAGUGAAGAUGUGAAACUGACUAAAUCAUCAAGUUUGAAGAGUUUGACACCAUGCUUGAUCGAUGGAGUAAUUUGCGUUGGUGGAAGACUUCAGCGCUCAAGUUUAUCUCGAGAAUCGAAGCAUCAACUGAUUUUACCAUAUCAUCAUCAUGUUACAGACUUGAUAAUCGACCAUUAUCAUCAUCAAGAAGGACACAGUGGUGUAUUGCACAUUUUGUCUGUGAUCAGGGAAAAGUUUUGGAUAAUCAAAGGGCAUUCUGCAAUCAGAAAUCGAAUACGAAGAUGUCUGAAGUGUAAAAUGAUGCAUUCUAAGUCUGGAACACAAAUUAUGGCACCAUUACCAGAAGUUAGAGUAACACCAGGAAAUUCUCCCUUUGCAAGUACAGGAGUAGAUUUGAUGGGACCGGUAUUGAUCAAGUCUGGCCGGAGUGAAGUCAAAAGAUGGGCUGCUAUAUUCACCUGCAUGGCUACUAGAGCUCUCCAUAUUGAAGUUGUCAAUUCUUUGGACGCAUCAGUAUUUCUUGAGGCCUUUGAUUGUUUUACUGCAAGACGGGGUUUGCCUUUGGAAGUGUUUUCUGACAAUGGUACAAAUUUUACUGCAUCUAACAAAUAUCUGAAGGAGGGUGUGCAAAGAUGGAACGAGUCGGUUCAUCAGAGUCUCAGCCAAAGAGAAAUAAAGUGGAAUUUUAACCCUCCUGCUGCCAGUCAUUGGGGCGGUUGUUGGGAACGCAUGAUACGCUCUGUCAGAAAAGUGUUAACUGCUCUUGUUAGGGAACGGCAGCUGACUGAGGCAUCUUUCUACACAUUCCUGACACAAGUAGAAAGGAUACUGAAUAACCGACCAAUCACAGCCGUUGGAGAUGACCCUAAGGAUUUGAAAGCGUUAACACCUGGAAUGUUACUGACUGGACGUCUAGAUCCUUCAUAUCCAUCUGAUAUAUUUCUCAAGGCUGAUGGAUACAGAAAAUCAUGGAAGUUGGUUCAGUGGAUGGCAGAUCAAUUUUGGAAUCGUUGGGUGAAGGAGUAUUUGCAAAUACUACAGACUCGUCAAAAAUGGCAACAACAAAAGAGGAAUUUUGCUGUUGGAGAUUUAGUGCUGGUUAUGGAUGAGAACUCUCCUCGUGGGUCUUGGCCUAAAGCUCUUGUGGAAGAGGUUUAUCCAGACCAAUAUGGAAAUGUUCGUCGAGUUCGCGUUAGAACAGCAAAGUCGACUUACAUUCGGGACAUAAGGAAGCUAUGUUACUUAGAAUCACCUUGAUUUGUACAUAUUUUGAUUUACACAUUUCGUUUCGAAUUGCACCAAAUGUUAACUAGUGAUGGGAAAGAAACUUGUCUGUAUUUUGUUUAAAUGUUUGAAAAUAACUUUUGUUCAAUUCGUUAUUUUGAGGCCGGGAAUGUUACAGACAAAGUUUCUUUGUUUUAUUUUGCAUAUAUUUGACCCGGGGUUAUUUCGAGAGAAAUCGGUCAUUGCACUUUUGUCGAAUGACCGCUAAUAAACUACUCCCUUCAAGGCGAUUGCACCAUCUGUUCGUGGGUAGGAAUAGGCCUGUCGGCGGGAACAAAGUCUUUUAUCGAUUUUUCUUUUCUCUCGUUUUUGUGUUUGUUUAUUAUUUCAAAUCAUUGCCAGUCGGCUGUUUACAAUUUAUUUGUGCUAAGAGUUUGCCGGUUAGUCUGUUAGUAAUGCUAAUUCAUAUGCCGUAAUGGGCGGAUUUAUUCGCUUGUCUUUAAGUUAAAUAAUAGGGUUUGAUUUGUUUUCAUAUUGUAAUGUUGCUAUUGUUUGCAUCUUUAGAAUUAAGUAUGUUAUUAACCUGCCUGUUGGGUUGGUCGUAAACUUUAGCAACCCUCAACCUCAACCUCAACAUAACUUUAGUUGGACGUCUACAUUCUACAAUACUGUGAUCGUUUGUGUCUCUACAAUACUGGAAUUAUUUGUUCUUAUCAUCACACAAUUUCGUUGUUUAUUUAUUCGUCUAUAUCGUACUUGUGCAUGUAGACUGGUAUUUUAUCGACUGCAUUACAUUUCGUUCAUAUUCAAAGUUGUGGAGUUGUUAAUUAUCGAGAAACCUGGCAGGUUAUACAUCAGGGGAAGUUAAUAGCGCGAA